AUGGGCCAUGAAAAUCCAAGGCAAAGGGCUUACCUGUGCACACCUCUAUGGUUGGAAGAAGGGCGACCCGCGGGAGCGCCGCCAGGCGGCCGCGACCCUCUACGAGCUCCGCAUCUGCCGGAGAACCGCUGCCCUGCCGUGUGCGAAGGCGCGGCGCCCGCGCUCGCCGACUUCACCGCCAUCGGCUUUGCCUGCGCCGUCGAGGUGCUCGGCCUCCUCGCAAGUGCUGCGAGGUGCGCCAGCAGCUGUGCCAGAUUCGCCGCCGCCGCCGCCGCUGCCGCUCAUAUCCAAGAUCAGCGUUCGCUGAAGGUGGAAGGUAGAUACCGGCCAGUCCAGAUGCAAGGCGACGCAGCACAAGACCCCCGCCGCCCCAACGUCUCCAAGGCGCUGUCGCAGAUCUGAAGCCGACACAAGAGCGGCCGGCCCCUGCUUUCCCCCAAUCGAAGCGCCCCGCAGG